CUCUCCCAGUCCCACGUUAUCAAUUUAUACUCCGGUUCUGCACUUCGCAGACGUCAUUCUCUCUAUCACCCUCUAUCUCUCGGCACUCAAUGGAGAAGAUUAUGGCGUGUUUGGUUGCGGCCAUGGUGAUUCUCUGCAGCCUAACCCUCGUCAGAUCGGAUGCAUCCGAUCAUCGUUACAAAGCAGGUGAGGACGUCCCUCUGUAUGCCAACAAGGUGGGACCUUUCCACAAUCCCAGUGAGACAUACCGUUAUUUUGAUCUCCCAUUCUGUUCACCAGCUCAUGUGCAAGAAAAGAAAGAGGCUCUUGGAGAAGUGCUGAAUGGGGAUCGAUUAGUUGUUGCCCCUUACAAACUUGAAUUCCGAAAAGAGAAAGAAUCUAAGACUGUUUGCCAAAAGAAGCUGACCCGGGAAGAAGUUUCUCUCUUUCGAAAUGCAGUUUCAAAGGACUACUACUUCCAAAUGUACUAUGACGACUUGCCCAUAUGGGGUUUCUUGGGAAAAGUUGAGAAGGAAGGCAAUGACCCCAGCGAGUACAAGUAUUACCUCUUUAAGCAUCUUCAGUUUGAUAUCCUUUACAAUAAGGAUCAAGUUAUCGAGAUUGGUGUAAAAAGUGAUCCAGAUGCCUUUGUGGACCUGACAGAGGACAACAAAGUUGACCUGGAACUCACUUACUCAGUCAAAUGGAAGGAAACAGAUACUCCAUUCGAGAAGAGGAUGGAGAAGUAUUCGCAAUCUUCUUCAUUGCCUCAUCACUUGGAAAUCCAUUGGUUUUCAAUAAUAAACUCGUGUGUGACUGUUCUGCUCUUAACGGGAUUCCUUGCCACGAUUCUUAUGCGAGUCCUUAAGAAUGAUUUUGUUAAGUAUGCUCAUGAUGAGGAGGCAGCCGAUGACCAAGAGGAGACUGGUUGGAAGUACAUUCAUGGUGAUGUAUUCAGGUAUCCAAACUACAAGUCAUUGUUUGCAGCAGCACUUGGUUCUGGCUCCCAGUUAUUUACGCUGACAAUUUUCAUUUUUAUGCUUGCACUAGUUGGUGUAUUUUAUCCUUAUAACCGCGGAGCUCUGUUCACGGCACUUGUUGUCAUAUAUGCACUUACAUCUGGGAUUGCUGGCUAUACUGCAACCUCUUUCUAUGGCCAGCUGGAAGGGAAAAACUGGGUGAGAAAUUUGCUAUUGACCGGAAGCCUGUUCUGUGGGCCGCUGUUUCUCACAUUCUGCUUUCUUAAUACUGUUGCAAUUGCAUACAGUUCCACUGCAGCAUUGCCAUUUGGAACAAUUGUGGUGAUUUUUCUUAUAUGGACUCUUGUAACAUCUCCUUUGCUAGUGUUGGGUGGGAUUGCUGGGAAGAAUAGCAAGGCUGAGUUUCAAGCUCCGUGUCGCACUGCAAAAUUUCCUAGGGAGAUCCCUUCAUUGCCUUGGUAUCGUAAAACCGUUCCUCAAAUGGCUAUGGCAGGGUUUUUGCCUUUCAGUGCCAUCUAUAUUGAACUCUACUACAUAUUUGCUAGUGUAUGGGGUCAUCGGAUUUACACCAUUUACAGCAUUCUGUUUAUAGUUUUCAUCAUUCUCUUGAUUGUCACUGCCUUUAUCACCGUGGCGUUGACAUAUUUUCAACUUGCUGCUGAAGACCAUGAGUGGUGGUGGAGGUCUUUCCUUUGUGGUGGAUCAACUGGCUUGUUCAUCUAUGGAUACUGCCUGUAUUACUACUAUGCACGAUCAGAUAUGUCAGGUUUCAUGCAAACCUCAUUCUUUUUCGGCUACAUGGCUUGCAUUUGCUAUGGCUUUUUUCUCAUGCUUGGGACUGUCGGAUUCCGUGCUGCCUUGUUUUUUGUCCGGCACAUAUACCGCUCCAUCAAGUGCGAAUAGCAAGGCACUUGCUGUGACUCAAGCACAACAACAGGAGAAGAUUGAGGCAAUGGAAUGGAGACUUGCGACACAAUGGAGACUUGCGUUCACUUUCCCUAUCCUUCCUUCAAGGAUUGAUUUCACGACACAUGAUCCAUCCAUAUGGUAAUAUUAUUAGUAGAGAGGAUAUUGUCGGACUGUAGGAUUUCUUGGAAGCUUUUAGUCUUAUACUGCUUACUGGAAGCCGGCACCUUGUAAAACAGUCUUCUUUUUCAAGUUUCCCUAGAUCCAAAGUUGGAAUUCAUGAUUUCCUGUGCAUUUUAUUUGCAUCGUAGCAUGAGCAAGGUUUACACUAAUUUAUGUCAAUACAGAACCCUAUUUUAAUCUU